AAUAGAAAUUUAGUACUACAAGAAAUAAUCACAUUCGACGUCACAUUUUGAGUAUUUAAAUUAAUAGAUAAUUAUACAAUAGAAACCUUAAUCAUGUCCAAAUUAAAUCCCUCAAUAUAUAAAUAUACCACUCACAACCAUCUCAUUUUCUUAACCCUCCUUGCCAUUAUAUUCAACACUCAACACACACACACAGAGCUAGAGAUGAUGAAACUCCCACUAAUUCUACUCUCACUUCUUCAAAUGCAUGACAUCACACAACUCAAGGAGCAAACCCUAGUCGAAACCGCAUGCGCAAAUACCCUUAAUUACGACCUCUGCGUCGCCACCCUCCACGAUUUUCCGCUCAGCGCCACCGCCGACGUGGCGGGGCUCGGGCUCAUACUGGUCGACGUUGUCAACUCCAAGGCGGAAGCAGCUCUAUCGGCCAUCGAGGAGCUCAGGCGGCGCCACCCGGAAAUGAGGAACGCGCUGGGCCAGUGCUGGAUCUCGUACAAGGCGGUGAUUGCGGCGGACGUCCCCGAAGCCGUGGCGGCGCUGACGAAGGGCGUGCCGAAAUUCGCGGAGUCCGGGAUGAGCGACGCGGCGUGGGAGGCGGAGAUUUGUGAGGGCAGCUUCGGGAGGGCGGCGGCGCUGACGCCGUUGAGCGGAAUGAAUAAGGAGAUUCACGACUUAGCUGAGGUGGCGGUUGGUAUUAUUAGAAUUUUGCUUUAAUUUGACACAUUUUCUUUUCUUUCCCUUUAAUUUCCUCAUCAUGUGUAUAUAAUAAUGUGAUGUUUAUAUUUA